AUGGAGCGGCCGCGGCGUGAGGAGGAGCAAGGGGCGGCGGCGGACGACGGGCGCCCCUCCGACGUGCAGAGGCUGAAAGCUGCUGUUCAUUACACCGUCGCUUGCCUCUGUGAGGAGGUCGCAGAAGACAAAGCAACACAGUUUAGCAAACAAGCCAUCGCAGCUAUUUCUGAGAUCACCUUCAGGCAGUGUGACAUUUUUGCAAAAGACCUUGAAAUGUUUGCCAGGCAUGCAAAAAGAAGCACAAUCAACGCAGAAGACGUGAAGCUUUUGGCCAGGCGGAGCAAUGCAUUGCUGGGGUACAUCACCCAAAAGAGCGAAGAACUUGCGAUGAACAACCAGGAACAAAAAGAGAAAAGGAAAAAGAAGUCUGCUUCUAAGAAAGGGAGACUCUCUGACGAACAGGAGGAACCGGCAGCGGUGGAGAAUGACGAUUUCCCCAUGGCGUGAUCCUCCACUUCUGACUCCAUCAAGACUUUAAGCACAGAUUUUCAUCCUGCACAGUGAAGGUCUGAUGCUGCCCUAAGAUGUCCACUGGUGCUUGCUUUAGGGUAGAACUUUAUACUUUUCACCAAGCAAGCAUAAUGAUUGGAAUAUUGGUCUCAGUUUUUUGCAACAGAUGUCGAAAAUGGAUGCUUUAGAUGUUUUGGAAAGCGAGAUUUAUAUAAAUGGGAAGAUGAUAGCUGGGUUUUUUUUAUAGUUGUAUUCUUUAAGAAGGAAAUAAUGCUUAUUAAAAGCAGAAUUUAUUUGCUCUAGGAUAUUAGUCAUAAAAACACAUGCUGAUAGCUUGGAGGGCUUUAAGCCAGCCUUUUAUAUGUUUGAGGAUAUGCAUUCAUUGCUGUUCACUAGAGUUUUUAAAAAAAUCUGUUAAAUGUGCAAUCCUAUGUAUGUGUAGACAGGAAAAAAAGUCCUACAACUCCCAGCAUUCCCCAGCCAGCAAGGGUUGCUGGGAGUUGUAGUCAUGUUCUGUCAAAAUUUGCCUAGGAUUGUGGCCUAAGAGAGUAAUCCUAAGGGUUCAGAGGGUGUCUUUUAUCUUUGCAGGGGCUUCUGGUUAAUCUGCGCUUCCAGUUGGAGGAUUGGGACGUUAAGUAGGUGGGAGUUGCUGGUAGCAGAGAUGCAAGGACAUGCGAGCCAAUUUAGCUGGUUUUUGAAAAGAGAGCAGAACGAGGACACAAGAGUAAUAGAACAGUUUCCUGGGAGCUGGGGAAGUAAGGAUCAGAAACAAAAGAAAAGGUAGGAAGCACGAGGACUAGCAGUUUAAAUGUUACUGAAGAGGAGAUGACCAGAACCUAGGGCAGGGCUUUCAGCUCUUAGUGCAAAUAAUCUUUUGGGAAAUGUAAGAGAGUGAAUGUAAGGAGCCAACAUUAGCCUGGAUACGUGGAGAAUAAGAAAAGGGAGACAUGGGGAACAGCCCCCCGAUUGCGUGUCCAGAUGACAGCCUUUGUGGUCAGUAAUGUGGUUAAUGCAGAAAAGAACCAUAUCUGGCUAGGCUCUCUCUGCCAGUCACAAGAACUUUCCUAAGGGUGUGCACAGGAAGUAUUUCUAUAUUCAUCUUUCCCAAUGCUGCUGCUACAGACACAUCUUGCCUGCAGAUUUUGGAAUACACACAGAGUGUUUUUGUACUCGGUAAGACACGAGGUCCAUCUAGCCCAGCAUCUUGGUCAACCAAGUGCCUUCAGGACGCCCGCAAGCAGGGCAUGAGAGCAAUCUCACUUUCCUCUUUUUCCCCCUCUCACCUGCUGUUGAGUGGCACUUUAACCUGGAGGUCACCUGUAGUCGAUUUGAUUACCAGCCAUCCACAGACAUUAACCCCCCUACAUAAGUGUGGCUGCCCCUGCUUAGGCUAGUGACCCUGGGCCAUCUUGCAGCAGUGAAAUUGCACAAGAAUUGUUGCAAUGUGCACAGAAGCAUUUUCUUUUGUCACGAUGUUGAAUGACUCCCAGGUGUAGUAUUACGAGAGGAGAAAAGCCAUGUAACAUGUCCACCAUGUAACAUUGUAUAAUUUUCUAUUAAGUCCUAGCUUUGAACAGCUUUGCCUCAUUGCUCAUCCCAUCACACAUAUUUGUGAUUCCUAGUUUACUGAAGGGAGCUGGUAUUUGAAAUUUUAUUUUCUUCGGAAUCCAUGUUGGGAGUCCAUUCUAAAGUACACCUUGCUACUUAUCCAGUGAUAAACCCAGAAACAGAGCGGGAAGGGGCUGUUGAGGCCAACCCCCUGGUUAUUGUAGGAAUCCAGUUCAAAGCAGCCCUGACUAAUGGCUCUUGAGUCUCUGAAUAGCUGCUAGUGACAGGGGGACCAUUCCUUUCCUAUGCUGUUGGUUCCAUUGCCUGACUGUCACAAACUUCUGCCUGAUGUUCAGCCAAAAGUGAACAUAAUUUGCACCUAUUAUUUGAUCUCGAACAGCCUUGGAUGAUAAAGAAGAACUACAGCCCCGAAGAUCCUCACUUCUUGCUAGUUGGAAUUUUUGAAACUGAAUCGCCCUCUUUGUGAUUUCGGCUAUUCCAGACAUGAUGCCUAAAAAUCCUAAACAAAGUUCCAGUGCGAAGUCACAGAAGUGAGGCUUCUUUUCAUUCCGAGUGCAUCCUGAGGCCGUUGUUUCAGUUUUCCUUAUAAUGCUCAAUAGACUUUCUUCCUCCCCGCCUGCGAAACCCACCAUUGUGAUUCAUUUGGUGCCAAAAUAACCUAUUUUGUACUUGUACGAGUCGCAGCCAUUAUGGGAAUAAUGGCGAGGAAAUGAGGUUCAGUCGGGUGUUGUUGUUUUUUUUGGAAAUAAAAAUGCAUACACAGCUUAAAUUAACAGUAAGUGUUCUCUAAUGGUAUUGGCACCCAGAGGCACUAAUUAAGGGUUAAAAUCACACAAGACGCCCAAUUUGGGGGCUUAAUUGCUCUCCAGUUCGUGCGUCAUUCCCUGUGUUCGGAAAGAACGAGGUGAUGGUGGCAGCCAUGGAGGGGGGGCUUGCUUUAUAAACACAUUGUUGGAAAAUGUGUGCCCCUCCCCAUCUCUAAAAAGUACAAAAUAUAACUUGAAUGCAGGUGUAGCUUGUAGCAGGAUCGGAUCA